AUGGUUCUCUUCAAGACUAAAUUUACCUUUCAGAAGCGGGUAAAACUAGCUCAAACUCUAUGGCUUCUAUCAUGGAUCAGUGUUCUUAUAGGAAGUGUGACCUUUGGAUUGGGGGUCUUCCUAAAAGUGCAGCUAUGGAUACACAACGAGGUGAUGGACAACACUGUGGCCCAUGCUGUUCCCAACACUGUUAUAACAGCAGGACUUGUGGGGGCCAUUCUUGGUCUGUUUGCAGGGAAAAUUAGUCAGGAUUCACUUGAUAUGGGAAAAUAUCCACGAUGGAAACCAUUCUUGCUACCUUACUUUUUCUUAACUAUCCUGAGCUGUUCGCUUUGUGUGGCUGCUUUAUUCCUCAGUGUUUUCAUGACAGGAAGUCUAGAAGAAUCUCUGAAGAUAGGUUUGAGAAAUGGGAUCAGGUUCUACAAGGACACUGACACUCCUGGUCGUUGCUACCAGAAAAGGACAAUUGACAAAUUACAAAUGGACUUUCAAUGCUGUGGAAACAACCACUAUAAAGACUGGUUUGAGGUGCAAUGGAUCAGCAAUCGCUACCUGGACUUCUCCUCCAAGGAAGUCAAAGACCGCAUUAAGAGCAAUGUGGAUGGCAGAUACCUGAUGGACAGUGUCCCAUUUAGCUGUUGUAACCCCAACUCUCCAAGACCUUGUAUCCAAAUGCAGAUCACCAAUAACUCAGCCCACUACAGUUACAACUAUCAGACGGAUGAACUAAACAUUUGGGUGCAGGGCUGCCGGGAAGUCUUACUAUGCUACUACACUGGAAUUAUGGCUACAAACGGGGCGGCUGUAACAUUAUUUUUCCUUAUACAGGGAUCUGUCCUGGUAAGCAUGCGCCUCCUGCAGACAUCCAUGGAUAAGAUAACAGGUGUGGAGGAUUUGGAGACAGAUUCGGAAGGAUUUCUUUUGGAGAAAGGUGUAGGGGAGACCAUUAACAGUGGUCUGGAGAAAACCAAAGCCCUCUUCAAGUCCAGUUCUGGGGAGGCAGGGGGUGGAGAGGCUGCAGCCAGCUAAAUGGAGCAUUAAUGUGUAGACAGGGGCAGAGUUGGUAUAGAGUUAGACUAUAGAGAUAACAUGAGGCUGCUUAAAUAAUUACUUACCCUAUGAAUAAAAGACCAAAAAAAUCCCUCCUCUUAUAUGAGAUGUGGGAGGCAUAUUUGAAGGUUAUAAUGAGAUUUUGGAGAAGUGUCCACCCAGUUGUAGCUGCCAAAAUGUAGACUCAGCAGACAAAAUAAAAAAAAUAAAGGACUGCAAUACACUGUCUUGUGCUGUGGUGGGAGAGGGUGGUUGUGACAACCACACAGAGUGGCAAACUAUUCCUCCUAUGAAAGGAGCAGUGGAAAUGGAUCCCAUAGAGGGAAUAGCGAUGAAGAUUUCCACAGCAAAGCUUUAUCCUUCUGCCCUCUAUAGGAUCUGCUCAUGUAGUAUGUAAAAACAAAGUGAAAACUGUAAACCACAUAAAAUGUCUUGUGUGAACCUGAGAAAACACGUGAAGUAAAUAUGCAGAGCACAUGAUAGC